AUAGGUUGGGAAGUCAAAAUGGUUUAUACAGAAUACAGAUUGACAGAGUCCAACGUUGCAUUGCAGAGGUUUGGUGUUUGUCAUGUCAUAAGGCAUGGGCGAUAGGGUGGAAACGCUUGCCAGAUUAGCCCAGUGGAAAAUCGACAACUUCGGACUUUGUUCCUACAAAAAAUCUGACCCCUUCAAGGUCGGAAUCUGGAACUGGUACUUUUCAAUAGUGAGGAAUAGGUACCUCUACAUACAUCUUUUUCCAGAACCUUCGCAGGUUUUGAAGGAUAACCCACCCUUUGCUCGAUUCAUUCUUCGAGUCUCCAAUGCCGGAUCAUCCCGCAGCUUUCAUAUUUCCCCUGUUCAAGAAAAGCUGCUUAGGACACAUGACGACUUUGUCUGGCCUGUGGAUACAACUUUUGUUGGUCGCUUCAUCAUUGAUGUUGAGUUUCUAGACCUAAAGAUAUGCCCUCCUAAUGGUGGAGAAACUAGUCCUGUAUGGCCAUCUGAUGGAAAUUCUCAAUCCAUUGCAUUUCAAAGUAGCAUUCUUCGUUGCCUCUCUCGUAUGCUUGAUGAGGCUAUACAUGCUGACCUAACUAUCAUGACAGCCGAUGGAAGCACGUUGAGAGCUCAUAAGGCAGUUCUCUCAGCAAGUUCCCCAGUGUUCCAGAGCAUGUUUCAUCACAACCUGAAGGAAAAAGAGUCCUCCACGAUCCAUAUAGAAGACAUGUCACUCGAGUCCUGCACGGCUCUUCUAAGUUACUUGUAUGGAGCAAUCAAGCAAGAAGAUUUCUGGAAACACCGGCUUGCAUUGCUUGGAGCUGCUAAUAAAUAUGACAUUGGAAGUCUCAAAGACAUCUGUGAGGAAAGCCUCCUGGAAGAUCUCAGCACAGGAAAUGUUCUUGAGAUGCUAAAUGAGGCUUGGCUUUAUCAAUUGCACAAGUUAAAGAAAGGAUGUUUGGUGUUCUUAUUUCAAUUUGGUAAGAUACAUGAUAUUAAAGAUGAAAUAAAUAAUUUUUUCCAGCAUGCAGAUAGGGAGCUAAUGCUGGAGAUGUUUCAGGAGGUGCUUUCAAUUUCGAACCCGAUAUAGGUUAACUCAUGGAUCCUGUAUAUGAUAUAUCGAUGUGUAUAAUAAAGUUUGUUGUUUCUACUUUUUUAUUGUACAGUGUAACUUUUCAUAAUACUUAAGUGUCCUCUGCCUGAAGGCCUGGAGGUUAAAAGGGUAAAUGAAAGUGCAUUUGAGUGAGCA